UAGAGUGGCCGAAAGAGGCGCGGAUCGACUAGAGAUCGCGAACGUGAGAAAACUUCCAACCCCUGUGAGAGAGUCAGUGUGAGACAAUGUCCUGAAAUGCUGUAAAAUGUCAUGAAAUGUCCCGGGACGCGUAUGUCGGGGGCACCCGGUCUCCGCGAGGCGUGAGACUACCCACUGUGGACCGUUCCCCCAGCCGGGGAGCUUACCCCGGUGGCAGUCCCCUAGGUCGGAAACCGUUGAGGCAGACGAGAUCGGGAAAUAAUUCUCCGGAGCACGGUUACGGAUACCAUCACUCUUCGCCGUAUUAUAGAGACGAGGAUUUAGGUAGUCCUAUGUUAGAGGAGAGAGGUAGGCCUAUGACUGUUGGUCCUGGACAUCAUCGCUCAAGAAGUGCUACGAGACCAUCCAAUCCAAUGUCUGUGCGAUACCAAUCAUUAGAUAGGGGACCCACAAUGGACCACGAGCGAGAAUUUUUGCCUAUUAGAGAUAGACGGGAUAGAUCUCUAGAUAGAGGGUUAUACUUCGACGAUGAACCCUAUACCUCAAGAUCCGCCCGUCAGUCACCCACCUCCCAUCAGCCUUUUAUAGGAGAACUUCAGCAUCAAAAUUCUGACCUUCAACGAGACCUCGCAAACUUAAAAAAAGAAUUGGAAUUAACCAACCAAAAAUUAGGAUCAUCUAUGCAUUCCAUUAAAACGUUUUGGAGUCCUGAAUUGAAGAAAGAGAGAGCAUUAAGGAAAGAGGAAUCUGCCAAGUACAGCCUAAUCAACGACCAGCUCAAAUUACUAAGUAGCGAGAAUCAGAAACAAGCUAUGCUAGUACGUCAAUUAGAAGAAGAAUUGCGAAUGCGGAUGAGAGGACCAAGCAUCGAAAUCCAGCAGCAAAUGGAGGCUCUAUUCCAAGAAAACGAACAUUUAACUAGGGAAAUAGCAAUAUUACGCGAUACUAUCAAAGAACUAGAGCUCCGGAUAGAGACACAAAAACAAACGCUGCAGGCACGAGAUGAAAGUAUAAAAAAAUUGUUGGAGAUGCUCCAGAACAAAGGCAUGGGUAAAGAGGAAGAGAGACAGAUGUUCCAACAAAUGCAAGCUAUGGCUCAAAAGCAGCUGGACGAGUUCCGCGUCGAGAUUCAACGCAGAGACCAGGAGAUCCUCGCCAUGGGCGCCAAGAUGAAGACGCUAGAGGAACAACACCAAGACUACCAAAGGCACAUUGCGGUGCUCAAAGAAUCGCUGUGUGCUAAAGAAGAACAUUACAAUAUGCUACAGACCGACGUCGAAGAACUAAGGCAGCGAUUAGAAGAAAAGAACAGGUACGCGGAGAAGAAGGCACAGCAGUUUCAACAGGAGAGAGCCAGAGCAGCAGCCGAAAUGGCCGAGAUGAGGGAGCAUAUGGACAUCAAGGAUAGGAAGAUCAAUGUUCUACAAAGAAAAGUUGAAAAUCUGGAAGAUCUUCUUAAAGAAAAAGACAAUCAAGUAGAUAUGGCGAGAGCUCGUUUGUCUGCUAUGCAAGCUCAUCAUUGCUCCUCCGAAGGUGCUUUAUCUUCAUUGGAAGAAGCAAUCGGAGAUAAAGAAAAGCAGAUGAAUCAAUUGAGGGAACAAAGAGAUCGCGCAGAACAAGAAAAACAUGAAGAACGUGAACUGCACGAACGAGAAAUAGCAGAGUACAAGAUGAAACUACACGCACUUAAUAGUGAAGUUGAGAAACUUACAGCUAGAUUAGAAAGAGCACAAAAUGACAGAGAUCGCUUGGAAGCGAAGUUGGAAAGUUCUCAAUCAGAGUUGGGUAAAUCCAAGGCCGAGCUGGACAAAGCCGCCGUCGAGGUUGGAAGAAGUGGAGCAGACUGGGAGGCGGCAAGACAACGAUUAACCCGAUUGGAAUUAGAUAACGAACGUCUCAGAGGCGACCUCGAAAGAGCUCAGAGCACCACCGCAAGUAGUUCAUUUGGCAGAGUCACUUUCAGUAGCUCGCAUGAAUUAGAUAGAAUGCAAGAAAGAGCUGACAAAACAUCAUCUGAGCUUAGAAGAUGUCAAGCUGAAUUGAGAGUGACACAAGCAGAUAGCGAAAGAGCACGCCAAGAGGCUACAGCUUUACAAGAGAAACUUGAAAAGUCUCAGGGGGAAGUUUAUCGCCUCAAGGCCCGACUAGAAAAUUCUCACCAAGAGCAAGAGAGUCUUCGGGAGGAACUAGAGAGAGCACAAUCCACCACAGCGAAACUCCAUUCCGACAAGGACCGAGCAUAUGGAGAGUUGGAGAAAGCACGAGAAGAAUUGGAGCGUACGUCGGCGACCUUGGGAAAGGCUCAACUACAACAAGACAAACUUCAGAACGCCCUAGACAAAGCACAGACAGAAGUAGACAAACUACAAGAAAAACUAGACAAGUCACUUGGAGAGACCAGAAAGAUACAACUGGAGAAAGAAAAAGUUUCAUACGAUUUAGAGAAUAUCCAGUCGCAAUUGGACAAGGCUCUCGCCCAGUCUGCUCGUCUACAGAAAGAAAAAGAAUCAGCUCAAGCAGAGUCAGAUCGGCUGAGAGAUAAAAUAGAAAAAACCCAAAAUGCUAUAUCUAGAAUUCAGAAGGAGAGAGAUUGCUAUCAGGAUGAAUGCGAUAAAUUGAAAGAAAGAGUAGAAAUGCAAUUGACACAAAUAGCAAAGGUACAAAGAGAAAGAACAGAUAUAGAAACGGAACUUGACGUACUCAAAGACAGAUGGGAGAAGGCCCAUUCUUCACAACAAAAAUUACAAAUUGAAAGAGAUGAUGCUCUUUCAGAAAUAGAUUUACUCAAAGAAAAAUUAGAUAAAGCAAUAUAUGCAUCUCAAAAAGCAAUGGACGAACGUGAAAAUAUGCACAAAGAAUUCGAUAAAUUAUUAGAAAAAUACGAAAGAUCCCAAAGCGACUUAUACAGAGUACAGAAUAAACUUGAUACAGUAUCAGCAGAAAAAGAACGUUUCGAACUAGAAGUAGAAAAACAACAAAUACUUGUAGCUAAAAUGCGAGACGAACAACGAAAACUUCAGGAUGAAAUGCAGAGAACACAAGAAAUGUACGAUAGAGUAGCGAUGCAAUUAGGAAGAUCGAAAGAAUUGGAAGAAAAGUCCAAAGAAGAAUUGGAAAGAUUAAAUAUUGAUAUCGAAAUGGUAAGAGAUAGAUACGAAAAAGCCCAAAUUGAAAUUAGACGAGUCCAAAGCGAAAAAGAAAAAUUACACGCCGAUAAUGAAAGAUUGCAAUACGAGGUUGAAAGAACUCAUGGACAACUUGCAAAAGUUCAGACGAGUUACGAAAAAUGUCAAGAAGAAUCAGCCCGAUUGCAAGUUGAAGUAGAAAAAGCACGUGAUAAACAUGACAAAUUACAAGUUGAAUUCAGAAAAAUAAUUGCUGAGUAUGAUGCCUUACGUGAAUCAACUGCACCAGGAAGAGAACGGUAUUCGAAAUACGAUAGAGAAGAAAGAUCGAGGGAUGAUAGCGAUCGUUUACGUGCCGAGAUCGACAGGUUAAGAGAACGAUUAGACAAAACACUAGGAGAGUUGGAUAGAUCCAGAAAGGAAAUAGCACAUCUAGAGAGUACGAGAGGCAAGUUCACUUAUGAACAAGAAAAAGAAAGAGGUGCGGAAAUAGAGCGUCUCAAAGAAGAUCUCUCAAGGACACUAAACACGAAUCAACAAUUAGAAACGAAAUUACAUGAAGUUAGUAUACAACUAGAUCUAGCUAGACAAGAAAUUUCCAAAGUAUCAGGUGGACAAGACAAGCAACGUCUCGAAUUGGAGCGAGCAGUAAUAGAAUGCGAAAAAUUACGAGACAGAUACGAAAAACUCAAAACUCAAUCGGAAAAAUUAGAGAAAGAUAACGAAAAAUUAAGAAUGGAAGUGGCACAGGCAGAUAGACGUCAAACUCUAGCCGCAGACAAAGUUCGAAAUGAUGAACGAUUAGAAAUUGAAAAAUUGAAGGAGAAAUUAGAGAAAGCUAUCCAAGCUCGAGACGCUACCGAGCUAGAAGCUGGUAGAUUAGCUCAAGAACUUGAAAAAUCGCAACAGCACUUAGCUAACGCCUUACAGACCAACGAGGCUACUAAGAUUGAAUUCGAAAGGAUGGCAACUGAGCUUGCACGAAUGCACGAGCGUAUAGAAAGAGAUAAACUCGAUUGGAAGACUAUGGAACAGGAAAGGGAUGUUUUGCGAGCAGAACUACAACAAAUAAGAACUGGAUUGGAUUCCCAACGAAGGACAAUCGAUCAUAGGUCUCAAGAAACUAUAGUAAAACUGCAACAAGAAUUAGCACAAGUAUCAAGAGAAAGAGAAAAAAUGGCAGCAAUGCUCGACAAACAAGGCAGACAGGGAGAAUCUAUAGAGAAACAGAUAGUUAAAUACGAAGCAGACAUAAAACAACUAACUAUGGAAAGAGACCAACUGGUAAUGCAACUGGAAAAAUCGCAGGAUAUGUUAAUGAACUUCCAACAAGAAUUAAACCAAAGUGAAGCAGAAUUAGAAAAACAAAAAGCAGAAGUUGCAAGACUCAAGGCGGAGCAAAAGAAAAUGACUCAAGAUGUAGAAAGGGGAACCAAAGAUGUAAUAGAAAACAGAGAUAGAGAAAUAGCCAAGUUGCAACAACAAUUACAAGCAGUACAGAAAGAAAGAGAUACUCACAGACAAAGAGCAGAUAAGGCGGAAAAACUUCUUCACGAAUCGGGAGCCAGGGGAGAUUCCGAAUUGGAACAAUGGAGGAAAGUCGUACAGCAAGAAACGGAUAGAGCAGAUCAAGCCGAAAAAACAGCUCAGGAUCUACAAAAACGUAUCCAAGUUAUGGAGAAACAGUUACAGCAACAAUUACAACAGAUGGCGCAGUAUCAGAAAGAACGAGGAAUACAACCACCACAACAAGAUGACAAGGAGUUAGCUCGAUUACGAAGAGAAUUGGAGAAAGCGCAUAACGAAGUGAAGAAUUCUACAACAGAGAAGGAAAGGUUACAAUCGCAGCUUGAGAUGUUGGUACAGGAACUUGAAAGAAAUCAGCUGGAGCUUCAAGAAGCUCAUAAAAGAGCUACAGAUGUAAGGACCCAUAAACCCAUUGAGGACCAUACCGCAGAAAAGAAACAAAUGGCGGAAGAAAGAAAGGUGAUUGAGGAAGCGAAGAAACAAUUCGAGGAGCAACGAAGAAUAAUAGAAAAUAAGAGCAGACAAGUUGAAGAAAAAGAAAGAGCUUUAGCCGAAUUAGAUAAGCAAUUACAAAAACAAAAGCAGCAAUUGGACCAAUUACAAAAUUCCCUACAGAGAGCUGGAGGAAACGCUGCGGCAGUAGGUGAAUUGAAUAAGAAAUUAUCUGAAGCAGAAAAGAAAAUGGAACAAGCGCAAGAAGAAGCUAAACGAUCAGCAACCGAAAUGGAAAGAUUGCUUCAACUGGUUCAGAUGAGUCAGGAAGAACAAAAUGCGAAAGAGAAGCAGAUUUCCGAUCUUCAGCAGGCUCUCAAAAAUGCACAGGCAAAAUUGAAACAACAGCAACAACAGGCACAACAAGAGGAACAUGAAAACAGUAUCAGAGAUGUCAAUAUAGGCAGUAAUUUCAAGCAAAUGGUGUCUACACUCAAAACUCUGCAACAGAGCAAACUGGAAAACGGCGAAGAUUAUUUCAAACAACUCGAGCUUGCUCUUAAAUCUUACGAAGCUGCUCUUGAAGAAAGUGAAGCGUCAAGAAAAAAGUUGGAAACAACUUUGAAAGAACUCACUGAAUCUAAAGAGCAAACGAACGAAGUGGACGAAAAUUAUAUCAAACAAUUGGAAUCUACACUACGAUCUUACAAAGUUUCUUUGGAAGAAACGAAAUACGAAAAACAAGUUCUGGAAAGUACUUUGAAGGAAAAAGAAAAUUACAUAAGUGAACUUGAACAUAAUCUCAAAAAUAGAGAGAAUAAAGAAUUAUUAUUAUCGUCGUUCGAAAAACAAAAACGAACUAUUGAGGACCAUGAUAACGAAAAAGGCGGUGAUGCGUUGGUCGAAAAAGAUGCAAGAAUAAAAGAACUCGAGUGUGCUCUUAGAGAGAGUAUUAAGAUUUCGACUGAAAGGGAAAUGGUCCUUAUUCAAGAAGAAAAGAAAAGGCAGCAAAUUAUACAAAAAGUAUACAAGCUAGAACAAAGGCUACUAUCUUUACAGUCAGCACAAGCAUUGAGGUGUCAUUCUUGUAAACCCUAUGUAUCAAGAAUGACAACUUUAGAAACAAAACUUGCUGAACUAAUAAGUGUAAGGAAAAAGAACUUGCAGGAAUUAGCUCAUAUGAAACGUGAAGCUUUAGAAGCUGCAAUAAGCGAAAAAGACGCACAUCUUGCUCUAUUAGAAAUAUCUGGAAUAAGAAGUGCCCAUCAAGCUGAAGAGGUAGAUCGUCUUCACUUAGACAAACGUCGAUUGCUCGAAAAAUUAAAAGAGGAGGUUGAAUUAAGUGUUUCAAUAGACGAAGAUUUUAACGAAGAUUAUGAGCUUCCUGUAUCUUUAAUUUCAACUGAAGAAAUCGACCAAACAUAAUCCAAAUGACGUAACAUACUUCCAGUGAUCUCAGCAAUAAGAAAAACUUGCCAGUCGGGCAAAACCUUUUAAAAAAUAGAAAUCGAGAAGCGAUGUCGAUUUUUUUUUUUAAAAAAAAAGCACUGCCUUUUUGAAACAUAGAUAAAAGUUAUAAAAAUACGAACUUUUAAUGUGUAUGUGCUAGUUCUAAUGUUGUUAACUAAUUGUUUUCUUGUCAAAUUUAGAUAAUGACAAUAAUUAUGGAAUGGGGCAUAAUUGUUAAAUAAAUAUCUAUAUAGGUUGUGUUAUAUCUUAAAUCACUUUAAAUGUACUGUUCUUCAUAAUUACAUACCACCCAUAACCAAAUCUUUUAGUUAGAGAUAAUGAACAACUGCUUCGUAUCUCUUUUUCAUUUCAACUUUCUCCUAGUAUGAUACUCUAAUAUUUUUAAUUAUUUGGAAUUUUGUUCAAUCAAUUUUUUGUUACUUCCUUUUUAUCAACUCUGCAAGAAAAUAUUGUUGAAUAGUUAUAUCGUACAGUAAUUACUUUAACAGUAAGAAAUCUUUAUUCACGUGACUAGAUUUCACUUAUAUUGGUAUGUCAAGUUGUAAAUUGUGAAGUUGUUAAUUAUGAAGAAUAGAUUUGCAUACGCUGAUUCCUCGUAUACUUAAAAAAAGUCAUUGAAACGAGCCUGUUAGUAAUAUAAUCACGUAAAAUGUGUUUAUUAGGAUUCUUGUAUAAAUUCCUAAACUUUUACAAACGUUCAUCUUGAUACGACAAUUUGUCUCUUCUCCAAAGGGCCCAAUUUGAUUAGUUUUCAGAUCUUAAAUUAGUGAAAAUUCCUAAUUUAUUGAACACGAUGAAGGAACAUUGACAAAAUAUAGUUAUUUAAGCAUAACUGUUUUUAUAACUUCAAUAGAAAUUUUAUCUAAAACAACUCUUCUUAUAAAUAUUCCAGCAGCAAACGACAGUGUGUCUCAUUGUAAACGACGCCACCUCAAUAUUAGUUCCAUACAUUGUCGGUUUGAAAAAAUUAUUCCUGAUUCAAUACCUCUCUCGGUAGAGGUAUUGAAUCAAUCAUAAUGGAUUAAGAAAUCUUAAUUUUCAUAUAUGAGUUAGUAACAUAGAAUGAAACAGGAUCCAUCCAAAAGUCAUACAGACUAAAAACAGAGAAAGCAGUCAGAUAGGGAAAUAGGUGAAUCAAAUAUAACAAAAAAACUUCUCGUGAACCAAUUUACUAGAUUAAUGAUAAAAAGUUUUUCCUCUGCUGGGUAGCUGCUGAAAAUAGGACGAGGGCAAAGGAUUCCGAAGAGACAGAAACAGUGCUACUACUUAUGGAAUUGCUAAAGGAUGCUGUUGACACAGGAAUCAGUGCCAAAGAUCAGGACAAUGAAAAAUCAGAAACGGUGACAAAACGACGUUAAUUGAUGCUACACACACAGUAGAUUGCCUCAAAAAACAGCGGAAUUAGAAAGAGAAAAAGUAGAACUUUAUUCUUGGAGGGAAACUCUUGAAAAUAAGCUGUGAAAUAUGUGAGAAUGGUUAGCUGUUUAAUCAUGUUUUCAAAUUGUGAAACAUAUAGGGUACCGAACCUUGUGAACCACGAGGAUACAGGAUUGAGGAAGGAAUACUAUAAGGAGAAUACUAUAAGAGCUGUUCAUCGAAUGACCAGAUAUGUUUGUUAAAGUGUUUACAACGCUCAAAGCCGCUGCGUGAUUCAUACAUUUCUAUAAGUGAAAAUUAGCGAUUGUUGGGAAGAAAAUAACGGUUUCUAUUGAAAAUUACAUAUUUUCCUUCAAAUUUAGUUAUUUUCCUAGCACCCAACAAUAGUAGUCUCUCAGACUCCAUCUUUCAGAUGGUGUACUCAAAGUUACCUCCUUCCGGUAAAGGGUUAAAUUAUUUUAUAUUUUUACUUUGUAUAAUGAACUUUUAAGUACAAUAUUAUAGAAAAAGUAUAUUGCCAAAUUUUUAAUUAAAAUCCUUUAUCAAUAUGUUUCGUUUUCAAUGGAACCAGUUUGCAAGAUUCUAAACAAAUUUAUCAACAAUAUUUUUUAAAUUUCUCUCAUGUUAUUGUUAAAAACCUAAUCAAUUUACCGUGAAGGAAACUAGCAUACCUAAAGGUAAAGACUAACUUUUUUUUUAAACAAUAAUACAUGCUAGUGUCGUAUAGAGUGAUAUGCACUCUAUUUAAUAAAAGCUGAAUCAUAUAAAUUUUAGUAUCGAUUGGGUUAAGUUGAUAAAUAUUAUGCUUGUUUGAAAAUAUUAAUAAAAUGUUCACUUAAAUUUCAAAAUAAUUAGCAAAAAAGACAUUCCUUGAUAGGUACACACGCAUGUUAUUAAUUAUGUUGCUUACUAAAUAAAGUAUUAUGGUUUGUUAAUUGAAUGCAAUUGAUUAUGGUCUUAUCCUUUCCUAACAACAAAUAUUUAUCAUCAUAAAAGCACCUGAGACUUGCACAGAAAGUGUCAUAACCCGCUAAUGAUUACCCAUGUGAUCGAACAGUUUGAAUAAAUUUCUUUGGACUAGGCAGUAGACAUUAAAACAACUUUGAACACAUUAGAAAUGUUAGCAAGGAUACAAUCAGAGCAAACUAAACGUCUGGAUUCAUCAUUUGAUAAAGUUCAAGUUUGAAUUCUGUAUCAUUUGAUCAAAUUCUAUUGUGUACACUAAAAGAAAGAUACAUUCAUUGAUUGAAAUAAGUAUACUAGAUUUAAGUUGCUUACUAAAUACAGUAUUUUGGUUUAUUGAUUCACUGCAAAUGAACAAUCGAUUAUGGUCUUUUCAUUUACUAAAUUUUCGAUUAAGAUCUAAGGAAGUAAUUCCUAGUUGCGGAUUCACCCAGUAGUGUUGCGUUCCUUUUUGGACAAACCUGGAGGGUCACUCCACCUUGAUGAUGCCACAAUCUGAGAACUUAUCAGCUAAACCAAGUCGGCCGUUUUCUACCCAUGAUUCCUGACUGAAGGUGAUGAUUUAUUCGUUAUAGAUUACCUCAAUACAAUAUUCUUUCUUCAGUUCUUCAGUUUUUAAUUUUCUUAUAGAUUUACUAUACAAUCCAUUAAUACUCGUAGUCUUGCUCUUUCAUCCUGGAAUCUCAUACAGUGGAACGCAGUAAGUUCUCCGUCGUCUCUUUCAUACCUACAAUAUUGCAUAUGCGUUUCAAGUAUACUCCUAAUUCCCAGUGGCCUGUGAGGAACUAACUAAUAUUGUAACCUGUCCUUCCAAAGCUACAGUUUCUCUUCACACUUGCCAAAUUUUCUUCCAUUCAUUUUUUAUCACCAUUCUUAUCGCUUUUCGCACUUCGGAAAGGUGUCCCUACAUGUUUUUAUACAGCAGCUUUAUUUCUUCGAUCAGCAUUUUCCUUUGCACACUCACCAUUCUCUGUUCCUCUUUAUCUCUCCAAUCUCAUCACUCCUUACCAUGCAGGCGCCCCAUAAAACAGAUUCGAGUGAACAACGCUUAACAAUAUCUGUCUUUUUCCUCUGCUGUUAACCUAGUCUAACAUAACCUAACCUAACCAAUUUAUGAUAAUCCGAUUAACGUCGGCAAGCGUGGUUUAGCUUAGAUUAGGUUAGGUUGGGUUAGGUUAGGCUAAGUUAGUUUAGGUUAGGUAGUGGCUAAUAUUUUAUUUCAAUAGUAAUUCAUAUAAUUCUUGUAGCAACUCUCCCAAAAUAGCUACAGAAGAUUUUGGCAAAUAUUAAACGAUCAGAACGCGUUUUGGCUUUUUUAUAACUGCCACACGAUGCGUUGUGCAUGUUCUGAAAGAUCCACAACGAGUGAUACUGCUUGAAACGGUCUUGAGACAUAACACAUACACCUCUGGGUUGUUCAUAAAUUAUUUUAUUUGUUAUAUGUUGUCAAAAUAAGCUUGUUUUAUUUUCUUCAUAACCAUAACCUUUUGUAUGUUACUAUGUUUAAAUACAAAAUCAUGUCUUUUUCUCGUUGUAUGUCAAAAGGAACAAAUCAUUAAUUAAGUAUUGACAGUCAGUGUAUUCUAAUAACCUUUAUCAUCUAUUAACCCAGUACAAAAUAUCGCAUAGACAAAUUGUUUUAUCAAGAGCGCACAUCGUAUUUUCUCUAUUUAAGAUUUAUCGUUUUUUCCACAAUCGUAUUAUCACAUUUAAAACAUAAGCGGCUAUCAUUUUUGUAACUUAAUAUGGUUAGCAAUUGUAACAUAACAGUAUAAUUAAGGGCCGCAAACAUUGUAAUAUUUAUUAUUGCGUAGGUAUGUUGUGUGAAUAUUCUAUUAUACAGGAUGAGAUUAAUUAAAUGUUACCGAAUUUAGAUCUUACCAAUUCAUAAAAUAUAAAUUUUGUAUUUAUAUAAAAGACAAACAUAAGUUGCAACUACAGUCCCUUUCUUUACUAUUGAUAUCAUUAACAAAAUUAAUGUUAUGCCCAAUAGUUCAUUGAUCAUUUUCUUUAUCCUUUGUUUUUAUAGCAAGUCGCAAAAUUUUGGAAACAUUUAAUUGCAUUCAUCCCUUUAGCCAGGCGCAACUUUUAACGUACAGUACUAAAAAAAUAUCAUGCACACUUGAAGAAAAAACAUUCCACAAACUAUUUCAUAUCAAUCGUAUGAGUUGCACCUGGAUUUAAAAUUAACGCCUAUUUUGUAAAAAGCCCAUAAUUAAGAUUAAAUUUAAUAUAAAAGAUUUCUAUUCAUAUGAAUGUAGGAUGUUUUAUAGAUAAUGUGAACAUAUUGGAAUACAAAAUUUCAAUUAUAAACCGACACCUUUUAAAUAACUUCAAAAUUUAUAAAACUAUGAUCACACUUUUGACUUUAAUUAUAUAUAUUUUUUAAAUUAUUCAUCAGAUCAAAAAAUAUGCUAUUUGGAAGAAAAAAAUAUCCUUUGAUGUGAGUAUGAAUUUAUGAAAACUUUUUUCGACUUCCUGUGUUUAACAUAUUUAUUAAUUAUAAGCAUAACUACGGUUAUUGACAGUUGACAAUACUCUCUUUCUUUUUAUCUUAUCACAUAAAUGUUUUAUCCGAUUUAGGUCGGGACUGACCACUCCAUAACCUGAAUACCGACUUCUGCAAUAUAAUCUUGCACAAUUCUGGUGGUGUGCGGCUUUGAAUUGUCAUGUAUAAGGUUAAGUCAGUCGGCGUAAGGUAAUUAAUAAAAUCUUCUCUGUUAACACGUUCGCCCUUACGAAUGAAUACAGGAUCGGUUCGUGCAUAGAAAUUGCACCCCAGAUUCUUCAAAGCAGCAAUCUGCAAAUCACUUUCUUGGUACACUUUCCUUUUUUGGUCGCUAUCAUGGAGGCAUAUUCUGGUCACAUCUAACUAAUGACUAUUAGUCACUCCUUGUCGUUGCACUUGAACUGCAUUGAGGUGACGAGUGACGCCUUCUGUCUAAUCCAUGUCGCCUGUGGAAGGAUCCAGUCUCCUCAUAACCUUGGAACACUCUUCGAACCGCUACGCGGGUCAUAUCCAAUUAUAUAGGAACAGCUCGCUGACUUAAGUUCAUUUUCAAUUGAGGCAAUAAAUUGGGCGGCUUUUUGUGAUGGAGUAUGCACUAAACUAACAUACUUAAAUACAAUUGAGGUUAUAAAAAUAUGCAAAUUUGUAAUGCAAACGCAAUAAUUUUAAUACAUGACAAAUUUGUUAUUUUCGUUACAAUCACCACAUAAACACGUUACAUUUGUUAACCGUUUGCUAUGCAUAUAAUCGAUAAGCCUUGCUGAUAAAUUUAUGCUCCCUUUGAAGCAGAUUAAAUUUUGUUUCAUAUAGCUUAUUUCUUUUUUUGAGUUAGUUACAAUCAAAAGUUUACAGUGGGUCUAUGCACUGAAGUUAAGAAUAUUCUGUGUUGAUAUGUUUAAUAUGAGUUUCAUAAUUUCUUCUCUAUUUAUAUAUAAUUAAUAAGACUUGUUUUUAUUCCAAAUUCAUCUCAGAGGAGGUAGCUACUCACAUAAGGAACAUUAGUUUUCAACGGAGCUUCACAAAAAAUUUCCUAAAAUUUCCGUUUUUAUUAAAUAUAAGUCAUUUUACACUUAGUAUGUUUGAGUUACAACUAAUUUGUAUAAUACAUAUUUCUGAAUACUUUUUAUUAUAUUAAAAACUUCACCACUCAGUAUUUCUGGAACCAUUGAUGAAACACAGUGCUUACUACAUCUCCAUUAACACUCACAAGACUAGAACACUUAGUAAUAGUAAGCAGUGAGUUUUUUGAACUUCAAUAUGUUUUGUUAGUUAUCGAACAUCCUAUAUAGGUACAUCAAAGAUGUUUAACCAAUUGGACGAUUUCCAAAUGCCUUGUAUAUCAAUUUAUUUAUUCAUUAUUCAUAUCAUAGGCCGAGCGACACUGCCAUCUCGUGCCAUUAUCAUAAGAGUAUAUGAGCGUUGUUGAGUUCAAUCAGCCUUUUGCUCCAAGGUCAAGCAAAAAUCACAGAAUAUAUUUGUUCAUUCCUACACAUUAGUAUCUCUAGUAAGGUCGAAUUUUCAAAAAACUAACAUCAUAACAUGUUCCACAGAGUACAAUGUGAUUCGAAAAUAUAGCAAAUUAAAAAUGAAAUUAGUAAGCUGAAUACAUGAAAACGACAUUGGCGAAGAGAUCCGAAUUAUCUAUAAUAAAAUUUAUAUAAUUAUUCAAAACAUUUUGUACAUCAUUUCUAUGCUUGAUAUUUGAUGUAUUAUUCCAAAUACCUCAUCAAUGAUUAAGCCCCCUUAUGGAGUCGUCGCGAUGUAGUGGAGUUUACCUCGUAAUCAAAUCGGUCCAGGUUCAAACGUACAGAAUCCAAUGGUAAACCAAAGACAGUAUAUUAUAGGGUCUAAUAAAGGCUCUCAACCUUGAAGCUCGAAUCCACGUUAAAAUUUUAGGUCCUUUCUAUAUGUGGCAAAACACAACUCACACAUAGGACUUAGUCUCUAUUAAAGACUAUACAUAAAAAGAAGAAUUUAUUAAACCAAUGAAUGAUGCAGAAAUGAAAAAAAAUUAUUUAUUUAUUAUUAUUUAAAAUAUCACAUGUAUCUCAUAAUAAUUAUUUUUACAUCGUGAUAUAGUAGUUUCGUGGUGUUCCAGAGCUCCGUAACAUGUCUGUCACUCCUAGGGGUGUGCCGACGAGGAGCGGCCGCAUCCGGACCCAUCUCUAAACCCAAAAAAUAUAAUAAUGUUCUAUAAAAAAAUCAAAUAAUUCAUAUCUUCUAAGAUAUAAAUUCUAAUCAUAUAAAUAGUUUUCAGCUCAAGAAUUCCGUAGAAAAUUUACUUUUGUUAAGCUGCAGGUAGCACCUUCUGAAAAGCCGAAACGGCACCAUUUAAAAACAUUAUUUCGCCCCGAAAGCAAAUUUAUGGGUACGUCACUUUCUCUACUUCCGUUAUUUCUCUUUGUAGGUACUGAGAAGUUGUUUAUUAGAAACAAGUAGGAGAAAAUCCAACGCAUGUAAAUGACAUAAUAAAUAAUCAAAAAAUUUUCUCGAACCUGCCAUUGAUCCAGAUAAUUGAGAAGAAUCUCUGCCCCAAAGGAAUUUCAGCGAACUUUCUAAAAUUUGAUUUCCCUGUACUGAUAAUAAUGACAACAACGUUUGAUAUUCUGGUAUCAUCUAAAUAAGAGUAUCAAUUAUUUUCUGUGAUUUUUUCUUAAAAGGCUUCUUUGGUGUCCAUUAUAUGGUUGGAUUAUGAUCGUUAAGAAGUAGAUGUAGUAGAAGGAGAUUUGGAUUUUUACUCUAUGUAUUUAUUUCAGAAAAUAGACCGGGCGAAAAAAGAAUAUUUUGCGAAAUUCAAACUACUUUUAUAACAACUUAUCCACACAUCACUGGUUGUAUUAGUAAGGAUCUUCUAGAUUUAUUAGUAAAGAUAAUAUAGAAAAUAAUACAUUUUAACUCUUGUUAUAUAAUUACAGGGUGCUUCUAAAUUCAUGCGACAAAAUUCAGGGGGUGAUUGCUUGUUUCAAAUUAAGAUGGGUCUUUUCUAUAACAAAAUUUCCUCAGCCCAACCCUUUCUGGAAUAUCACACUUAAAAAGUGGUGACUAGAAUUGAGUUUUUAUUUCUUUUUCUAAAAUUUCAAGCUAGAAACUUUAAAUUCUGUAAUUUUCGUGCACUCGCAAAAAACUAACUAUUUUUAUACACGGAAUUAGCAAACCUUAAUUUAAGCAUUUAUUAUGAAUCAUAUAACAUUUUUCAUCUUCAUUGUUUUCCAUUCAAUUUAUUAAGAAAAUUAUUAAUCAUGGAGUUUAUUUUUUUGUUCCCUGCAGCUAUUGGUUUUGGGAAAAAAGUUUAACAAUACAAAAUAUUUUAAUUAAAACAAGGAUUUCAUGUUAUAAUUUCAUUUCAUAAAACUUAAUCUUGAUGAAAAGUUAUAUGCAAUAAAGUAAGGAUUGCUAAUUUCACCCCCGUAUAAUGUUACAGGAAUAUUGAAAACAUAUCCCGGAAAGAGGUGGGCUUAGGAAAUUUUGUUAUAGGGAAGUCCCAUUUUAAUAUCAUACGAGCAAUAACCUCCUGAAUUUUGUCGCAACUAUUUGAAUUGAUGUUAUAAAAUUUGGAUGCUUAUGAUCAUAACAACUGAUUAAUUAUAUUUUCCGUAUUGAAUUGUCUUGAUUUUAGGUCGAUGUUUCGAUUUCUUUCGGUCUUUAUUAAAACAUGACUUGUCGAAGUAAGUCGAAACGUCAGAUUUUUUCUUGUUUUAACUGUUUUUCUAUGAACAGACCUAAAAUUAAGAUAAAUAAUCGCGAAAAACAUAUAAAAAGGUUCAAGAAGUGAGAAGUUAAAGAAAAUAACAAAAUUUAGAUAAGGAAAACAUAAUCCUUUGUCUAAAGGCGCAUUCCCACUCGCAACAACAACUCUAACCGAACGAUGCUUUGGUUCAAACAGCGCCGUGAUUAAGAGGAGUUUUUUUUAGAAGAACACUUCAUGGAGAAAUAUACAGCGUCGUGAACAGUGUAGUGAACGUAAAUCCGAUUUUCUUACCAAUUAUUAUUAUUAUUAUGAAACGAGGUGGAAUAAAACAAUGCACGCAACAUUUACUUUCAAGUAACUGUACAAAACCGACCACCAAUGGAACGAUGUGGAACAAAACAAUGCACGCAACAUUUACUUUGAAGUAACUGUACAAAACCGACUACCAAUGAAACGAGGUAAUACAAAACCGUGCACGCAAGAUUUCCUUUCAAGCAGCUGUACAAAACCGACCACCAAUGGAACGAGGUGGAAUAAAACAAUGCACGUAACAUUUACUUUGAAGUAACUGUACAAAACCGACCACCAAUGGAACGAGGUGGAACAAAACAAUGCACGCAACAUUUACUUUGAAGUAACUGUACAAAACCGACUACCAAUGAAACGAGGUAAUACAAAACCGUGCACGCAAGAUUUCCUUUCAAGCGACUGUACAAAACCGACCACCAAUGGAACGAGGUGGAAUAAAACAGUGCACGUAACAUUUACUUUGAAGUAACUGUACAAAACCGACUACCAAUGAAACGAGGUGGAAUAAAACAGUGCACGCAACAUUUACUUUGAAGUAACUGUACAAAACCGACUACCAAUGAAACGAGGUGGAAUCAAACAGUGCAAGCAACAUUUACUUUGAAGUAACUGUACAAAACCGACCACCAAUGGAACGAGGUGGAAUAAAACAGUGCACGUAACAUUUACUUUGAAGUAACUGUACAAAACCAACUACCAAUGAAACGAGGUGGAAUAAAACAGUGCACGUAACAUUUCCUUUGAAAUAACUGUACAAAACCGACCAUCAAUGGAAUGAGGUGGAACAAAACAAUGCAUGCAACAUAUACUUUAAACUGACUGUACAAAGCCGACUACCAAUGGUACAGGUUAUGUAGCAAUGUUUGCGGUUUUCUUUCUUUUCUAGAAUUCAUUUUUUCACGGUCAUUAUGACGUUAGUUUUACGGCUUUGUGGCAAGUGGAGACGCGUCUUAAUAGAUAGCUUUCGUGCCUAAAAUUACAAGCAAUUUUUAAAUGUUCUUGGUAGAAACACUUGAAUUUGUUUUUAAAAUUUUAAAAUAAGCUGACCCGGCAAACUUCGUACUGUCUCAAUCGAUAAAUAAAAGACUUCUAUAUCAAAUACCUUUGAAACAAACAAAAGUAAUCCAAACAAAGAAAUGCUCGGUAUGAAUAAAGUUUUAUUAUUAUUUUUGAUUAAUUACACAUGCUGUUGCUUACUUACAAAACAGAGUUUUCCUGAAACUUUGUGAUUUAUAAGGUUUCAAUUUGAUACUGACAGAUACACACAGUUAUGAUACAGACUGUUAAAUUUAAAGCUUUCUGAUAAAAUAUAUUUUUUGUUUUGUUUUGUGUGAAUAAACAAAGACGCGCGAGUACCCGACUUAUAAUUGUCCAUGCGCAAAACUCCAAUUUUAUUCCGCAAACUUCUAAUGACAGGCCUUGCGAUUUAUUUAUGCUUAUCGCAAAAGCUAGACGUACUAGAAAUUGUAAACGUGUAAAAUCGAAUGGUAAUGGCAUCAUCGGUAUAUGCGGGAUCGAGACAUCCUUCCUUUGUAUUUUCCCUUUAUGAUUGUUCGCAAUUAUGGCAUAGCAAUACGACUAUUUUCUUGAUCUGUCCCUCUCUGGUCAUCAGUGCGGUUAGCACGUAAUGUAGCUCUUCGCACAUUUGAUUGACUGCGACGACCUAAGUCUUCUCCUCGACAUCGUGAAUUGUAAUUAAUCAAAGUUUUUGUGCAAUUAGUAGUAAAGAGUCACUAUCCUCAAAGAUUAACAAAAAAAAGCAAAAGGAAUCAGCGAAGUAAAGAAAGUUACUCACAAAGAUAGAAGGAUGCACUGACUGAGGUAUCGAUCUACAUAGAGGAUAGAUCGACAUAUUAGUUGGUUGUCAAAUAUUAUGGUUGAGCUCAGCAAUUUAAUUUGUGACAAAACUUAAGAUUUAUCAAUCUACAUUUAGUUGGUUGUCGAAUGUCAAAUAUUAUGGUUGCGUUCGGAAAUUUAAUUUGUGACAAAACUUUAUCAAUUUAUCAAUCUACAUUUAGUUGAUUAUCAAAUGUCAAAUAUAAUGGUUGCGUUCAGAAAUUUAAUUUGUGACAAAACUUUAUCAAUUUAUCAAUCUACAUUCAGUUGGUUCUCAAAUGUCAAAUAUUAUAGUUGCGUUCAGCAAUAUAAUUUGUGACAAAACUUAAGAUUUAUCAAUCUACAUUCAGUUGGUUGUCAAAUGUCAAAUAUAAUGGUUGCGUUCAGAAAUUUAAUUUGUGACAAAACUUUAUCAAUUUAUCAAUCUACAUUCAGUUGGUUCUCAAAUGUCAAAUAUUAUAGUUGCGUUCAGAAAUUUAAUUUGUGACAAAACUUUAUCAAUUUAUCAAUCUACAUUUAGUUGAUUAUCAAAUGUCAAAUAUAAUGGUUGCGUUCAGAAAUUUAAUUUGUGACAAAACUUUAUCAAUUUAUCAAUCUACAUUCAGUUGGUUGUCAAAUGUCAAAUAUUAUAGUUGCGUUCAGCAAUUUAAUUUGUGACAAAACUUAAGAUUUAUCAAUCUACAUUUAGUUGGUUGUCGAAUGUCAAAUAUUAUGGUUGCGUUCGGAAAUUUAAUUUGUGACAAAACUUUAUCAAUUUAUCAAUCUACAUUCAGUUGGUUGUCAAAUGUCAAAUAUUAUAGUUGCGUUCAGCAAUUUAAUUUGUGACAAAACUUAAGAUUUAUCAAUCUACAUUUAGUUGGUUGUCGAAUGUCAAAUAUUAUGGAAUAUUAUGGUUGCGUUCGGAAAUUUAAUUUGUGACAAAACUUUAUCAAUUUAUCAAUCUACAUUUAGUUGAUUAUCAAAUGUCAAAUAUAAUGGUUGCGUUCAGAAAUUUAAUUUGUGACAAAACUUUAUCAAUUUAUCAAUCUACAUUUAGUUGGUUGUCAAAUGUCAAAUAUUAAGGUUGCGUUCAGAAAUUUGAUUUGUGACAAAACAUUAGGGAAAAACAAAAUUUUUCAUUUAAUUUCGAGCAUUUCCAUAUUUAUUAACAGCAAUUCAUUUAUAUAUAUAUAUAUAUAUAUAUAUAUAUAUAUAUAUAUAUAUAUAUAUAUAGAUUAUUUCAUUAUGAAAAAAUUACGUGCCAUAUUCAUCACAGUGAUGCAAUUCAUGAGCAGCAAGAGGAGAUUUCCUUCGAAAACAAUACAAUAUUAGAUAAAAUAGUGAAUUCAUCUGAAAAAUCAACAAGUUAUUUGAAAAUUAUUUGAUGAAUAUUAAUUUGUAUCAUAUAAGGAUAUUAAGUUGGUUAAAGAAAUAUUUUUGAAUAAUAAAUAAUGAUUAUCAAUAAAAUUACUUUGUAAUUCGCAAAAUAAAACUUCAAAUCACCCAGUAUAGUGCAGUGUUACAAUAAUUAGUGAAAUUAUUUAGCAUAAUAAAAAAAAUUUAAUUAAAUGUCCCAAGAUGUCACUAUAAAGUUUUCUCUUUGCGGUUAUAAAUGAACCAUAGGAAUUGUGAUCUUGAUUUUUUGUAGAUAUUAUCAAUAAUUUUAUCCAUUCUGAUCAGUGGACUUAGCGAAUAGUUGUAUGAUGUUUUGAUUAACCAUUUCAAAAUUUUACCAUAUUCAUUUCACAAAUAUAAU